AUGUCCCUACAACUCCACGUCCCCCAACCCUGGCUAGGACCCGGCAGCUCCCGCUCAAACCAAACAGUGAUCGAACAAUGGAAUCUUGCCCGUUCCCUGCUGCAGUAUGGGGAUGUGAAGUACGAGGAUACGUAUUUCGUGGUGCGGGAUGUGGAGCAUGUAAAGGAACGGGGGAGGCCUACGAGGGGGGAUGUUUACAGGGGUGCUACUAUGCACGUUCUCAGUGUCGACUCUAAACCCAGUCCCAAUAUUAAUACUUCGGACCCGCCUCCUGGCAGUGAACCUCUCGACACUCCGAGUCCAGAAAACGAACACAACCGUCCACUGGCAUCCCCUCCCCCCCCACCAACCAUCCAAGUCAUCCUCAAACUAGCCUACGGCUCCCGCGCCCUCCAUUCCCUAACGCACGAAGCCCGCACCUACCACACCUCCCUCUCGCACCUUCAGGGCAUCCACGUGCCCAUAUGCUAUGGGUUCUAUGUCGGCGAGACGCCGGAGGGCGCUACUGGGUGUUUGGUGUUGCAAGAUGUGGGGAAGGGAGCGGGGUUGGGGUGGGAGUUUGAGUGUUUGGGGAGGGAGGUGAAGGAAGGAAUCGUCAAAGCUCUUCAAGCGAUCCAUGACGCCGGCGUGAAACAUAACAACCUAGACGAAUACAACGUCCUCGUCGCCACCUCCUCCGGGUCCCCAUACUGCCCUCCUUCCCAUAAGAACUCCUCGUCUACGUCCAAGUCCAAAUCCAAGCCCAAGUCCAAACCCGACUCCAAUCCAAACUCACCAGAAGCACCACCCCACGUCUACAUAAUCGACUUCGAGCACUGCGACUCCUCCCACAAAUGCGGACGAACAAUGGAGAUCGAGAUGGACGGCUUCAGACCUGCGUCGCGCGAUUUUGGAUGUGACGAGCUGUGGAAUUUCGUGGAUGAGAUGCGGGUGUGGAAACCUUGUGUGUAUACGUUCUGCCCCUCUCCUCCCCCAUUUUGCCUUGGCCCGCUUGUCUCUCCUGCGCUCUCCUGCAAGACACGCUCAUUCGUGCCUGAUGUACUUACUCCUGCUGAUGUACACUUUUCUGGGGGGUUGGCGUACGCAGCAUACCUAGUCUUCAACGAUCAAUGCUACCCCGCCAACCAUAUCAACCUCCCCCCAUCGGAGCUCGCGCGCCACGCGCCUGAGGAAUGGUCCCCAGAAGAAGCGCUGGAGGAGGCGGAGGGGGUGAUUCUAGCGUAUUUGAGGAUACAUUUUCGGGAGAGGUAUGAAGAGGCUAUGGAGCGGAAGAGGUGGGAGAUUGAGCAAAAGGAGGAGGAGAAAGCUGGAGUGGUCGAUGCACAAGAACCCUCCUCACAGUCUGGGCCGGUAUCUAGCACGACUAAGAGUCCCAGUCAGACAGUAGAUCGCUCACCCGUUCCGUAAGUACAUUCUCGUUGGUCCGACAUGCCAUGG